CUGUUCUAGAAAUUAGUCGGGUCAAUAUCAUAUGCUGCGUAGAUCUUCACCGCAAGCAACUUUGUCUCCUCCCGACGCACAUCCUCGGCAACCGAUAACGGCCUAAACAGCUCACCUCAUCCCCGCACGCCGAACCGAACCGAUAAGUGCAUGCAUGCUCCAUCUUUUCCUAGUUUCACUCUACAUAUAUUCACAUUACAAAAAACCCAUUUUGAUACCCACAGCACAUAAUAUAUAGUACCUAUCCCAAAGAUCCACUGCAGCAUGUCAAAAGCCAUCUUUCUCAACCCCGUCGAUGGUAAACCCGGAAAGCCGGGUCAAGUCUACUACCCCCUCGCUGUGAAGACCCUUCCCCAGCCUGUACCUCAAGGCCGCGAGGUUUUAGUGAAGCUCACAGCUACAUCGCUAAACCACCGCGAUGUGUUCCUCCGUCAACAUCUCUAUCCGGGCGUCACCUUUGACGUUCCCAUGGGUGCCGACGGUACAGGAACCGUGAUAGCCGCCGGUGAAGGAGUGCGCGAUCCGCAACGUUGGAUCGGGAAGCGGGUGGUCAUUAACCCCGGAGUAGGGUGGAAGGAGUCUCUGGAUGGACCGGAAGAUCCGAAAGGGUACAGGAUCAUGGGCGGGACGAAAUCGUACAACAAGGGGACGAUGCAGGAGUAUCUCGCCAUCGAUGAAGGGGAGUUAGAAGAGGUGCCGGAGCAUUUGUCGGAUGCAGAGGCUGCGUCGUUUCCGCUUACCGGCUUGACAGCGUGGAGAGCGCUGGUGGUCAAGGCUGGAGAGAGAAACUCGAGUAAGGGAGCUGCAGUCCUGGUGACUGGUAUUGGAGGUGGCGUGGCAUUGAUGGCGCUCAAGCUGGCGGUGGCUAGGGGCGUGGAUGUUUAUGUGACGAGCUCGAGUGAGGAGAAGAUCCGGAAAGCAAUUGAGCUUGGGGCUAAGGGAGGUGUGAAUUACAAGCAAGAGAAGUGGGAGCAGAAGUUAUUGGAGUUGUUGCCUACAGGGAAAGUGGCUUUCGAUGCAAUUAUUGACGGGGCAGGAGGGGAUUCGGUGGACAAGGCUGUCAAGUUGCUUAAGGUGAGUAGACCUCCCCCCUCUCGCUAUCUGAGUACGUCUGGAAUAUCUGACUGGAAUAGCCUGGUGGUGCUCUCUGUGUAUAUGGGAUGA